CUGUGGUUCGUUAAAGGAAAAAAAAUCUGUUCGUUUCCCACGAGCGUCCGUCGGCCAUGCACUUUUUAACGUUUUAUUCGAUUUUCUUGUAUCUCCUUUUUUGUCGGUCAACAUCUUCGAAAAAUUAUGACAUUCGGGAGCUUUUGCGGAAAAAACGCUCGCUCCUGUUUCCCAAUCCUUUGGAAAGCGAGACCAAAGUUCAGGUACGAGACUCCGUCACAAUUUUUUCGUUAUUUAUUGAAUUUUUUUCAUUGCAAUUGCAAAAUUGCAGUUGCCCAUUUCAAAAUUUUCCAAAAAUCAAGCAAAAACAUUCUUGUUACUUUUUUAUUCACAAUAAUUAAACUUUUUGUGCUUCAGGUUUUAUUCGGUCUCGGCUUACCGAUGGAAGGAGAAGUUUCCAUGACACUCGGCUACGUACUUAAAUGCAACUAUCGUCUUCCUUACAACGCUUCCGACUUUAGUGACGGCCCGUACGUACGAUAUGCCAGAGCCACUCAUCCUGACAAUCUCAACUUGCCUCAGGCCUCCCCAGAAACCGGAGCCGUCUCGCGUUGGAGUUUAUACCGGAUGCUGGCGAUGGCGUUGGAGCCGGGAGGAUCGAGGGGGAAAGCUUGUGUUCUGCGGGCGGUUUGCGAGUCGGCGGAGUCUCCGCUCGGUGAGGGUGUGCUGAGCGAAAUUUUGCAUGUGUUUCUGACACCGUCGACAACUUCCGAGGAAUACGAAAUUUAUGGGGACCGGGAGUACGACGCUGCGGAAAAAAUCGGGAGGCAUUCCAGCGGCGAUGCUUGUCAAAUCGUCUAUCACGAGUGUCCCUACAGCCCCUUAAAUUACUUCACGACCGAGAGGGUGUUUUGAGGCUCAACGAUUUCUCUCAGGAUUCGAUGACGUCUCCGGAAGCUCGGGAUAAAUAUUUUCCCUUGUAUCAAGAUUUUCCAUCACUUUUUCAUCGACGAACGUCGUGUGAUUCUUGCCAGAAUUUUUGAGGGUGCGAAUAAACG